AUGUCUACUAUUUACCGCACGCGGGAUGAUCUAAGGGAAUGUGGAACUGUUCCCGUCGACGAUUACGAAAUAAUAGCGGAGCGCUUAGUCAUAACCUGCAAGCGCCACACAGAUCAUAGGCGGCGCAGAAAAGGAGGGCGAGGGCCUCGGGAUCUGAGGUCAAAGUACCAGGAGAGCAAAGCACAAAAAGCAUAUUCCAAAGUUCUCGAGGAUGACCCACACAUCUUCAUCCCAUUUAUUAUGGAUAUUUCACCAAGGAUUUGUGAAUCUUUCGAUGUUUUGAAAUUCUGCGAAACCCAUACUGAGCGACAUGAGAUUCGUUUUGAUGAGGAGACAAAGACUUUUCUUGAACAGACUGCCCGACGAAAAGACAUUGACGAGAGCCUCCCGUUUAAGAAGUUGAUGCGCAUCCUCUUCCCUCCCCCAACGCCGCGACCGAUUACUGGAGCUGAAACUCAAGACCACUAUGCAUAUUAUUUGGCGGAGCUGACAUCGAUACGCAACUUUUUCGGUGACCGAAUCUAUGAGGCCGUUAAAAGCUCUUCCACACGCAUUAAAGAGAAUGAUCUGAAUCCCGAGCGCACAACAACCGAGAGCGUCUGGACAAAAAUACCGCGUGCGGAUAAUGAAGAUGCCAUUGUUCACCUCGACGUUGGGGGGCUUUCGAGCUUGCUAGUGAUUUAUUUCCUCAAGCAAGACAGAAAGUCUCCUCGGCCCUCUCGACCCAUCGUCUGGAUACCCCGCAAAGUAGUUGUUUGCAGGCUGAUGCAGGUCUUUCAAAAAUUUCUGGCCCACUGA